AUGAGCAGAUUAGAGAGAUUUAUGCAAAGUUUGCGGCUAACCUGCUUGAAUUUGCUUAAUACUUCCAUUAAUAAUUUUGGAUUUUUCAAACUGGUAGUUAUGUUUGCAUUAAAUAAAAUAAGUAUUUUGACCGCGAAAAUAGAUAAUCAUGCUUGUUCUCCGGCAAAUUCUUCUAGUUAUCUAAUACUAAAUCAAUGUGCGAAUAAGCAACCUCCGCCCAGUUCUCCCCCAGCCCCCUAUCUAAUUCCUAGUGAAAAUCAAGUUCAGCAGAUUACAAACCAACUUAAUCAAGCCUUAAAUUUAGGUUUAAAUAAUCCUAAUUUAGAGCAAGUAAUUACGAGAAUUAAGGAAUUAAUUAACCAACCCCUAAUUUCUUCGCCCAGAGUUAAUUUUUCUUCGGCUCCUUUGAAUAAUAAUAAAAUUUUAGAAAGUCAAUUUUUAGCCGCUCAGCAAACUAUUACUAGAUUAGAAAAAGAAUUAAGCGAAAAAGAUACUCCUUUUGGGGAAGACUUGGCAGUAAUUAAAAAAAUUGAUUUAAAAGAUUUAGCAAAAGAGUUAAAUAUUCAAUUAUCUCCGGCUAUAAUUAAGCAAAUGGAGCAAGCUUCCACUUACCAACAAUUAGCCACGGUGCGGAAUGCCGAAAUUAAAAAAUAUUUAGAGCAAAAUUUAAAUAAAUUAGCGGUGCUUAAUCAGCCAAGUAAAGAAGUUAUUCAACAGCCACCAAAGGAAAGAAUUAUGUGGUUGAGUUUAUUGCUAGCGGCUUUAUUAACUAUUGGAGGAUUAGUGGCGAAGUUGAAAAGUAAAAGGUCAAAGGGAAAAUAA